CAAUGAAAAGCGGCCUCUCUGGUAAGGUCCAUUCUUCUCCGGAUCGCGUUUUGAAAGCCAACUCGCAAGUGCGAUGCAGGUACAAACACACCCUGCCCCCUUCCAUCCACCUGGAAACUAAACGCCUCCGUCCCAUCCUCCAUGACGUCCUGGUCCCCCCUCCCCCACCUCCUGCUGGACCUGCGGUCCAGGACAGAACAACCCAGAACUGACAGAAUCACACAGAGGAGAGACGACGACACAAAUUUCUCACGGCACCUUACUCUUCUGCUGUGAUGUUGCUCAUCGGCGAGAACGUCUGCCCAGUCGAGGACAUUUUUAUUACUGGUGAUGAUGAAGAUGAGAGGACAGCCGCAGCUCUUCCCUCCACCUUCUUCCCCGCUUUUUGUUUGGUUUUUGUUGUCCUGGACCGGGGAGAUAAUCAGAAACAGGCGGGGGCAGCAGCAGACGUUUUUUUCUCUUCCAGAAAUGUUUUUAAGCCUUGUGAGGUUUUGUAUUUACCACAACACAAACGGGAAACGGACUGACGUAAAAGAUUGAGAGCGUGACAGAGGAGGGAGGCGACGACGUGAGGGGACUUUUAGCAAAAAAAAUUUUAAAACUCAAUCUAGUAGUGAAAAUCUGCCCCUUAGCCCUUCUUCUCUCCUGUAGGAAAAUAUAAUUAAUAAAAAAAAUGGACAAGACAAAAAAAAGUUUAAAAACAAUGACUAAAAAAUAAAGUUCUCUACUCAACUACCGUCAUUUGUUUUUAUUUUACUUUCUCCUGUAAUGGUGCAAAUGUUACUCAAAACAAUUAAUCGGAUUAGUUGCGAAUAAUAUGUUUAAUCGUGAUUAAUUGUCAUUACUCGCAUUCAUCAUAAGUAAUCCAAUUAAUCAUGAAUAAUCUGAUUAAUCGAUAACUGGAAUAUACAGACUCAAAAAAGGCCAUUUUGCUGAAAAAACAUUCAUAGUUGUGUUUAAACAAAAACAGUGAAACAAAAAUAUACAUUUUGCAUUUAACUUGGGGAAAAAACCUACUUUGUAAAUAUAUUCUACCCAGUACUGUUCAAGAGACAAUUUUAGCUUCAUCCAGUUAAAAUUCUGCCAAAAAUAAUCUAUUAAUUCAAAUAAUUAAAUGUUAAAAUAAACAACACUUAAACAGUGUUGAUAAAUCAGUGGGAAGAGCUGAGCUUUUCAUUUGUUAUUGCAUUUAAGACAAAAAAACUCUUAAAAAGAAACCGCAUUUAUUUGCCUCUUAAUGUAUUUCUAAUAUUGUAUGAAAGGCCUAAGUGGUUGAAAAAAUGGUACAUCCUGCAGAUCAUUCAUGCAGAUCAAUCGAUUAAUCAUUAGAAUAAUUGAUUGAUCAGUGACUAAAGUAAUAUAGUUACAAGACAUCAAUAAUUAGUCCGUGUCAACUGUGUUUAUUUUGCAUCUUUAAUCGCUUUCCUUUAAGAUACCGGUAGACUAAAUAAGGCAAUUGCCUCCACUGUCAUCUCAGGAAUGGCCACCAGGGGGAGCUGUCUGGCUUUAUUAGAGAGUAUUGUACCGGUUCGGUAUCGCACAGAAACGCUGUUAUACAGCAUCAGCCUCACCAGUCCAUUGUAAAGCGUCCUUCCCGGAAAUCAGACCUGACGAGGCGGACAUUCAGUUCAGUUGACACCGAGGCCGCGGCGCUGCGGUCAAACCAGCCUCCGCUUCGGAACAAACGGUCCAGCCAGCCCCCCACGAGCCUUUUUCUGUGGCGCACGAGUGCUAAGUAUUACGGUACUUAGCACAAAUGUACUUACGGUACAUUUACGGCUUAUUUUCAAAAUAAGAGCUUGUUUCCGGGGCUUUUUUCCCCCCACGUCUAACCAAAAGCAAAUAUACUGUAUAAUCUUUAAUGAUACACAAUAAUGCUUUCUUUUUCAGAAUUUAAAUUCCAAAAACAUCUGAUUACCUAGAGCUGUUCCUCAAAAUGUUUCAUCCAUGUAAAAUGGGUAUUUUCAAAAUUAAAAAAACCCUUCAAAGAUAUUACUCUAAUCAAUUUCACCACUAGAUGUCACUGUUUCAUCAAUGUCUGGAAUUUCAAAAUGGAAGAUCCACUUAUAAAGUCAAUAUUGUCAUUUUUGAGGGGGAAUAUCUGAAUACAUCCAAUAAUUACAUCUUAUGGGAUUAAAAAUAUAUAUUUAUGUUAGAUAGGUAAAAGGACAAGUUUAUUUUGAUAUUCUAAUACUGUAAUAAAUACUUAAUCGCCCCUCAAAUCUAGUAAACUACAACUGUUUUUCUUUUUCUUUUUUUUGUUAUUAUUUUUUGCUGCCGAAAGGAACUUGGCUCACAAAUGUUUUGGCUCUUCUUGGUAAUUUAAUCUGUAUUUCAGCACAGAAAGGAUGUAAAAAUGCUAAAUAAAAUGGACAAACAAAUAUUUGACAAAGUUUUUAUAAACUACAUUGUUUAAAAUGCAGUUUUAAACACAUAUAUUUAUUACAGUGUGUUUCAUCAUUACAGUGUGUUGAUAUGAUGUUUCAGCAUCUGAAUAAUUUAUGUAACUAAAUAAGCACAAGAAAAUUGUAACUAGGCAAAUAUUUUCCACGGCAAUGCCAAUAAAACUAUUUUAUUUUCCACAUAAAAUAGUUUAUUAUGACUUGCAAAGUGAUUCGUAGAGUUAAAUGAUUAAAAUAAUCUGUUAUAUUUUUUAUAAACUAUAUUCUUUAAAAUGUAACAUACAUAUAAAUGUAUUUAUGUGACAAAAAACCUUCAAAAUUUGUAACUCAGCAAAUAUGUUUUUACAUAUAGGAGACGCAUCUCUGAGGUUUUUGCUGGAUUUUCUUGAUUAUCUGAUUUUGCAGCUGCUGUUUGAAUGAUACUGUAUUUUUUAGGCUUUAUAUUUCUUCUCUUGUCCACCUUGUUUCAAUUCAAGUCUAGUUUUUAGGAAGCUAAAAAUGAGAAAAUUAGAGGUGAAAAAGCACCAAAAUUAUGAAACUAACACACUUGACACCAAAGAUGAUUGUUGUAAACCAUAACAUGCCAUUCUGCUAAAGAAAUAAACAGUUUACAAUAUAAUAUAUGUUACUUAUGUAUAAAUGGUAUUGAAUAAACGGAUGUUUUCUUGAGUGUUUGAAAUAUUACAGUAUCAGUGUUUGAAUUCAAAGGAAACCAUGGCAACGUGACAUCACCGUAGUGCAGUGUAGUGUAAUGUCACAAUGUGUGACAUCACACUACCGUGUCAUAGGCAGAAUUUUGUGACAUCAAACCUUUAUUUAGGCUUGUCAUAUUGAUCAACCUUUGUCACAACCGCAUAGCAGCCGUUCGCGACACAUUCACCUGGGAGUUCCUUUCGACACUCAAAAGAAGUUCAACUUUGCUUGAUACUCAACGGACACUGAGCUUGUGUGAAAUCUUUACAGAAUCUACUAGAAAACGGAUUUAUCUCUGACUGAAAGAAGGAUGUCGUCAAACCAUCUUAUCGUUAAGAUAGAUACACCCAACAAUGUUGUUGUGAGGGAAGUUGAGCCACAGACGCCGAUGUGUAGCGAGAAAAAGAAGGUGCCCUUCAAGAUGUGUUUAGCAGGACAUGAACACAGUUUGGAUGACGAUACUGGAAAGUUUUACGAUUCACUCAUCAUUGAACCCAUCGAUGCAACACAGGAGACUGUGAAUGAUGAAGGAAAAAACGGACCACCUGAGAGGAAGAGGAAGAAGAAGAAGGAGGAGCCGCUACCACUGAAGGUCUGGGUGGAGCUACGCGCUCCUAUUGAUCAACACAUUUCAAUUGAAAUCACCGAAAUGCAGGACGCCUUACAGAUCACCAUAAAGGAAAUUAUCCCUGAAACACAAGAGGAAGUGGCUCAAACACAGGAGGAGCAAUCUGCUCAGGAUAUUAAGACCUCACAAGAAGAUUUCACUCCAUCGGUUGGUAAGAUUUCAUCCACUGAAAAUGCUGAUGAAAAAAAUGAUAGUACUGUUCUGAAAAAUCAAGAUGAUCAGACAGACUGCUUAGAUCAGGAGGCUCAUAGCAGGGAAACUGUCAUCUCUACUGAACUGGAUACGGAAAAUGAAUCAAUGUAUGAAGCACCGGAGACAGACAAUGAGCCAGGAGAGAAAGAGCCAUUGACCUGUGAGGACAUGAAACAUACACCACCGUCUUUAACUGUGUCUGAACCAGGACACAUCCAGGUAGAGAAAGUUCCCGAUGUCUCCCACGAUCAAACCGUAGAAAAUGUCCAGUUAGAGAACGUCCCUGAGGUCCCUGACAACCAAACCUCUGAAGAUGAAGUCAACAAACACGACAACACUGAAAUCCCCAUCCCUUUGCUUCUCCCAUGUCCAAAAGAGCCACAACCUUUAUUUAAAUUGAUUGUUGACCUUCAACAAUAUUUACACGAACUUCUUCAAGAACUGUGGAAAACAACUGCGUCGCUUCCUGAGGGAGUUGAAAGGAGAACUUUCCUAGAAAAUAGUUAUGAGUGUUGUUUGAGACAGCUCCAGCUCUAUGAACAGAUGCGACUGCUUCAAGACUCAGAGGAAGUAGAAAAUUUGCCCAAGUCCCCAGAACCUCAAAGAAAGAGUGAAGCCACAUCUGAUGAGCAUGAAAUGGGACAUAAUGCGAUUACACAAGGAGAGAACAAGAACAAAAUGGUCUCUGUGAAAACCCAGACAGAAUUUCCAGAGACCUCAAAAUUGAAAGCAGUCCACCGCCAAUUUGUGUCAGCAAAGAAAUUCAGGCGGCAAUCAAAAGCAGUCCAUCCAAAGAUAGCCACAAAAACCAAGAUGGAGACACAGAACAUCAGGCACCAAUCAAAACCCGGACAAAAUCAGGACACCACCUCUGACGAAGACAAUAACCCAGUGAAAGAGGUUUCAUUUUGGAGGCGUUUUAAAAAAGCUGUCACCCCAUCAUUUAUGCGGCAAUAUAAAGAUAAGAGCAAACCAGCCAACAUGGAGCGCUGAUGUUUUAUAUUCAAAAGAGAGGUGAGAGUUAGAUAAUCUGGGCCUCCCUAGUAUUUGCUCAUUUCUAUUAGUUAUUUUUAGUUAAAUAUUGCUUGGUGGAAGUUUUAGUUCCUGUAUUCGUCUGUUUAAAAAAGCGAGGGCUGCACGGUGGCAGAGUUUCCCCGUGUAUGCAUGGGUUCCCUCCGGGUACUCCGGCUUCCCCCAUUCAGUCCAACAUCCACGUUCAUCCAUUGCAGUCUGUAUAUCUGACUCUAAAAAUGCAACAAGUAAUUGGUUGCAAUUUAUUGCGAUCAAUAAAUUGCAAUAAAUUGUUUUGUGACUUGUUUUAAUUCAUUUUUAGAGUGUAGUUGCUCAUUUUUAUUAGUUAUUAAUUAAUUAAAUCUUGCUUUGUUUUAUUAUAGUUUUUCUUAGUUAUGGUAGUUUUAGUCCUUUAUACUUCUGUUUAUAAAAAAGCAAGGGCUGCACGGUGGCAGUUUCCAC